CGUUCGAUGAAUCAAAUCAACAGUGCGAAAAGCAAACCCAACGCGUAAUACAUCAUGAAAUUUCUAAUCGUUCUGAUUGCCUGUGUGGCUCUGGUGGCUGCCGAUCAUCUGCAACUGACCGACGAGCAAAAGGCUGCGGUGCGUGAAAAUGCCAAGGCAUGUGUGGAGCAGGAGGGAAUCACCAAGGAACAGGCUCAAGCACUGCGUGAUGGAAAUUUCGAUAAUGUCGAUGGCAAGGUAAAGUGCUUUGCCAGCUGCUUCCUUGAGAAGACCGGCUUGGUGGUCGAUGGCCAGAUCAAACCCGAUGUGAUUCAAGCUAAAUUGGGACCCCUUGUCGGUGCUGACAAGGUCAAGGAAGUUCAGGCCAAAUGCGACUCUAUCAAGGGUUCCGAUAAGUGCGAUACAGCCUUCCAACUGUACCAAUGCUAUCACAAGAGCAAUGCCCAGCUUUAAAUCAAGUGAACGCCCAACAAAUUGUAUUAAAUACACGAAAAGCAUCUGUGAACUGUUAACUAAUUAAAAAAAAACUAUGAAAUAUA